UUCUGAUUAGCCUUUGGAUGACGCGUGUUAUAAAGGAUAAACAUGAUCAAUUUCGUAUUGUUCUUAUGGAAAUAUUUUUCUUUGCUUUGUAUUGUUCAGCUGUUUACUUUCUUGGUUUUUGCAUGUAGUUGGCUCGCCCUGGGCUGUUUUCCGUUUGUAACUGAAUUAAGGCUAGUUUUCAAUUGUGCAUUAGCAUAAGCAACACACUCAGAUUUUACUUUUAAUUAUGCGACAAUUAAAACAAGCGGGUUGAACCUGUUGGUUAAGCUUGCGUAUGACUAUAUUUAGUUUGUUUUAAAAGAAAUCUUAGUUUGUAUUGUUGAAGAACAUCGAAGCAUAUGUCCUGAGCUAGCAAUUUGCUUUGUUGUCUUGCUUGUUGCAUGCACGGAACAUGCGCGGGAUAUCAUUAUAUGCAAGGAACAUAUUAUUAUGUUCAGCCCCAGCCGGACCCUCGACGUAGGAGAUUUUUCUCGAGAAGAGCGGGCAGCUGCAACAGACUAGCUAUCGGAGAAUAUCCCCGGUUUAAAGUAGCCUUAAAGUAUGUCAUUUACCAUUUUUAUUCUAUUGUCAGUCACUGGCUUUACAGUGACAGUACUUUUCCUCUUCAAGAAGUGGAUUUUUGUAAACAGAAAACUCCAAAAAGAGAAACCUUCCGAUCCUAAAGAAACACAAGCAAGUUGGAACAAAAAGUCGGUCAGAAGACGAUCUCGGAUUGUUUCACGAGUAGACCAGCCGCUGCACGCAGGCAACAAUGAUAAAUUGUCUUGCUCGACAGUUCCUCGAAGCGUUAACUAUCACUUCACAAGACAGUGUAACUACAAAUGUGGUUUCUGCUUCCAUACUGCCAAGACUUCAUUUGUUCUGCCUCUAGAGAAAGCUAAACAAGGAUUAAAGAUGCUUAAGGAUGCAGGUUUGGAGAAAAUCAAUUUCUCUGGUGGAGAACCCUUGAUCCACAAACGUGGCGAGUUUGUGGGAGAGCUGACACGCUACUGUAAGAGAGAUCUGGGACUAGACUCUGUCACGAUUGUGUGUAAUGGAAGCUUGGUUACGGAACAGUGGUUUAAAAAAUACGGUGAAUUUCUGGACAUAAUGGCCGUGUCGUGCGACAGUUUCAACGAAGAGAAAAAUCGUCAAAUUGGACGCCAUCAGUCUGGGAAGGGCAACCUGAAGUGUCUACGGAACGUACGGGAUUGGUGCAGGAAAUAUCACGUGGCUUUCAAAAUUAACACUGUAGUUAACGUUUACAAUGUUGAUGAAGACAUGAAUGAGAACAUUCAAGAACUCGCUCCAGUUCGAUGGAAGGUAUUCCAGUGUCUUCUGAUUGAGGGAGAGAACUCUGGCUCAGACGCCUUACGAGACGCAGAAAAGUUUGUGAUUUCUGAUGAUGCCUUCAAUAUGUUUGUCGAAAGGCAUUCCAAGUUGUCAUGCCUAGUUCCGGAAUCAAAUGCAAAGAUGCAGAAUUCUUAUCUUAUUCUGGACGAAUACAUGCGUUUUCUGGACUGCAGAUCUGGAGCUAAAGUUCCAUCAAAAUCCUUGUUGGAUGUGGGAGUUAAGAAUGCUAUUGAUGCCAGUGGCUUUGACGAGCAGAUGUUCUUUAAACGAGGCGGUAAAUACACAUGGAGCAAGGCUGAAAUGAAUCUAGAGUGGUAGACUAAUCAUGCCAUAAGCCAGUUAUUAACCGGGCUGAAUAUUUACAUUGGCAGUUGUAAGGUAGCUCGUAGACAGAGGAGUAUAUUAGAAAGAUAGAAAACACUUUUUCUCUUCAAAUUAAGGAUAGCAGAAAUGAUAAUAAAUAAUAAUUUCCUGUAAAGACUGUUUUCUCCGUAACAACUAGUUACUGAUUCUGUUGGUUUACCUUUUCUUUUGUGACACGUUUAACUUGUUCUUUACUGUAUAUAACAUUAUGUGAUUGUCGAAAUGUAGUAAGCCGGGUCCCCCAGGGCCGUAGCUAAUAAGAGACAGACCGAGACACUUGCCUCAGUCAUUGUUUUUCGUUUUUGUUGUUUAUAGUCAACAGAAACACACUAAAUAUCUAGGAAGAGAACUGAACCAUGGACAUUACCUCAGUCAUAGGGUGCUUUCCAUUACGCCAGAUUGACCGGUUAAAGACCAGC